AUGGCUCCGUCCGAUUUCGCAAAGGCAGACCUCGCUGAGGUUGUCGAACAGUUGACUACAGACGAGGCCAUCCUGCUCACAGCGGGUGUCGGCUUUUGGCACACGCACGCUGUCCCUCGUCUCGGAAUACCCGCCCUGAAGACCAGCGAUGGUCCCAACGGAAUCAGGGGAAACCAUUUCUUCAUGGGCACCCCGGCCAAGUGUCUUCCCUCCGCCACCGCGCUCGGCGCCACCUUCGACCCCGAACUCAUCCGCGAAGUCGGGCGGAAGCUCCUCGCAGAAGAGGCAAAGCUCAAGGCGGCCUCUGUCUGGCUCGGGCCGACCUGUAACACGCAACGCAACCCGCUCGGCGGACGGUCAUUCGAGUCCUUCUCGGAGGACCCGCACCUCGCGGGCAUGAUUGCGGCCGCGUACAUUGGCGGCGUGCAGGAGGGCGGCAUCGCCGCCUGCAUCAAGCACUUCGUUGGCAACGACAAGGAGAACGACCGCAUGGCGUACGACUCGAUCAUGUCCGAGCGCGCACUGCGCGAAAUCUACCUCAUGCCGUUUAUGCUGGCGCAGAAGUACGCGCAGCCGUGGUGCUACAUGACCGCGUACAACCGCGUGAACGGGACCCAUGUGUCGGAGAACCCCAAGAUCAUCGGCGAUAUACUCAGGAAGGAGUGGGGCAGCGACGCAUUGGUCAUGAGCGACUGGUUCGGUGUGUAUUCGAUCGACCAUGCUAUCAACGCGGGCCUCGAUUUGGAGAUGCCUGGCACCAACAAGUGGAGGACGCUUGAUCUGAUGAACCGCUCAAUCCAGAGCAGGAAGAUCAUGAAGCGCACGGUGAAGGAACGCGCUGCGAAAGUGCUGGAGCUCGUGCAGAAGUGUGCGACCAGCGCACCUGAGAUUCUCGACGGCGACGGCUUGGAGCACACGCGCGACACGCCGGACGAGAAGGCCCUCAUGCGCCAGCUCGCCGCGGCGUCUAUCGAACAGAAGAUCAAGAAGGUCGCCAUCGUGGGUGGGAACGCGAAGGCGAUCGUGCUCAGCGGCGGAGGCUCGGCCGCGCUCAAGCCCAGCUACUUCACGAACCCGUACGAGGGCAUCGUCCAGGCUCUCGGCGAGGUCGACAAGGAUGUCGAAAUCACGUACUCCGAGGGUGCACGCGCCUACAUGCUCACACCGUCGUUGGACUACGAUAUUUUCACCGAAACCGGCCAGCGGGGAUGGAUGGGCUCGUGGUACUCACACGAGAGCGACGAGAGCAUGACGCCCGUUGCUGAGCCCCUGAAGACGCAGUACAUCGAUGAGACGCGCAUGUUCUUCAGCACGUCCUACCCGGCCGAGCUUACCAAGAGGUGGACGCUUCGCUUGAAGGGGCAACUCAAGCCUCGUGCGUAUGACUCCCAAUUCGAGUUCGGUCUGAUUUCUGCAGGCCGUGCGAAGCUCUACGUCGACGGGAAGCUGGUCGUGGACAACUGGACGCGCCAGACGCGCGGGGACGCAUUCUUCGGGUCCGGCUCGACGGAAGAGAAAGGUGUCUUCCCCCUGAAGGCCGGUGUCGCGCACGCGAUCUACGUCGAGUACUGCAACGUCCGUGCGCCGGCGCCCAACGACCUCGACGAGGCCGUGAUGGACUCCAACCCGGGCGUCCGGCUCGGCGGCGCAGAGGUGCAGGACCCCGACGAGCUCAUGGAGACGGCAGUCAGGCUCGCGUCGGAGGCGGACGCAGUGAUCGCCGUGGUGGGCCUCAAUGCGGACUGGGAGACGGAGGGCUACGACCGCACGACGCUCGCGCUGCCGCAGCGCACGGACGAGCUGGUGUCGCGCGUCGCGAAGGCGAACAGGCGCACGAUCGUGGUGACGCAGGCGGGCUCGAGCAUCACGAUGCCGUGGGCGGACGAGGUGCCCGCGAUCGUGCACGCGUGGUACCUGGGCAACGCGACGGGCGAGGCGAUCGGGGACGUCGUGACGGGCAAGGUCAACCCGAGCGGACGGCUGAGCUUGACGUUCGCGAAGCGCCUGGAAGACUUUGCGAGCCAUGGGCACUUCCACUCGGAGAACGGCAAGGUCCGCUACGGGGAGGACCUGUUUGUGGGCUACAAGCACUUCCACCAUCGGAAGAUCUCUCCUCAGUUCCACUUUGGCUAUGGCCUCUCGUACACCACGUUCAAGUAUUCUGACUUGACGCUCUCCGCGCCCUCGGUAUCAAAGGACGAGUUCAGCCUCACGGCCAAGGUCACCGUAUCAAACACCGGGCCGGUGUCAGGCUCGGAGAUUGUCCAACUAUACGUCACUUUACCUUCGACAUCGGAGCUCACGCACCCGCCAUUGAUGCUCAAGGCCUUCGCGAAGGUGAAGGAUCUGCUGCCAGGCACAAGCCAAGUCGUCACGCUGUCGCUGGACAAGUACGCCGUGUCGUACUGGGAGGAAAGGAUCUCGAGGUGGGUCGUUGAGAGUGGCGAGUAUCUCGUGCGUGUCGGAAAGAGCAGUGCUCCCGAGGACUUGACGCUGGGUACCACUUUCACGAUUGCCAAGGGCUUCGAGUGGAAUGGGUUGUAA